CUGGAUAUUUCAGGCAUUAAAAUAAUAGUUUGGCACGAUUAUGAAACGCACUUUCUUUUCUUACUGCUCGAAUUUGUUCUCUUACUCCAACACUGUGUAAUCAAAUUACAAAAAUUGCAUGACAUAUGUAGUAUGGAUAAUCACAUUUAGAAUGAAUGUAAAACUUCAAAUAGUGCUAAACACGAUAACUAACGGAAAAUUUGUAUAGAUUGUGCUUCACGAAACUCAAACUGCUGUUGUUGGCGAUAGAAGUGAAAGGAUAUGAGGGUGCGGACAACAAAAUCUCGAUCAACCCUCGAGGUGCAAAGAUUGUGGCCAACACUCAGGGUUUCUUUAUAGCGCAAUCUGCAGACGAAGUCAAAAGAGCUUGGUUCUACUGCAAAGCCUGCCACGAUGAGAUCAAAGAUGAGACGUUGAUCAAGAAAUGCAAAUGCAAAAACUGGUAUGAUACUGUGGAGCGGCUAGUUUCCGAGUUAGGAGUUACUUUGGGAAAAACGAGUAACAUUAGCGGUGAUAUGAAUCGACAUGAUGAUAUGCAUUUGGCUCACAGAAAUCACAGGAACAGUUCUAUACCAACUGCAAACAUGGUGAAUUCUACAAAGCAAGUGAACAAAGUGAAGCCAAACGUUAAUAGGACAUCUGCAGAUACUGUCACAUCUCCUGGGUAUAAUUCUAGACCACAGGAGCAGGAAACUACGACUUAUGCCGGCUAUCAUCUAGCAUAUGAAGUGAAAAAGCUCAUGCCUACAAGCAGAACGAGUAGCGGAACAAAUCAGAACAACAACGGUGUUGCCCUACCUGUUGGUCUUGCCGAUGACCAAGCCAAGGAUUUCGAUUUCGAGAAGACUGAAAUGAAGUACGAUAGCACCGGGAUGUUCCACUGGAGUCCCGCCAAAAAUUUGGAAGAAUGUAUAUUGGAUAGGAAUCAAGCUGCAAUGACAGUCCUAAACGGUCAUGUAGUAGUUUGCUUGUUUGCUGAUCCCGAUUCACCUUUGAUAGGACUCAGAAAUCUUGUGAUGCCCUUGAGAGCGAGUAAUUUUCACUAUCACGAAUUGAAACACGUCGUGAUAGUCGGUUCUGUAGAUUACAUCAGGAGGGAAUGGAAAAUGUUGCAGAAUCUUCCGAAGAUAUCAGUUUUAAAUGGUUCUCCUUUGAGCAGAGCAGACUUGCGCGCCGUAAACGUCAACCUAUGCGACAUGUGCUGCAUUUUGUCCGCCAAAGUGCCUAGCAACGAUGACCCCACCUUGGCCGAUAAAGAGGCUAUUUUGGCCUCUCUGAACAUCAAAGCCAUGACGUUCGACGACACGAUCGGGGUCCUGAGUCAGGCGAAUGGCACCGGAGGAGAAGGCGGCUCUCCGGGUGGGAGUCCCAUCAUCUUGCAACGCAGAGGGUCCGUUUAUGGGGCCAACGUGCCCAUGAUCACAGAACUUGUGAACGACAGCAAUGUUCAGUUUUUGGACCAAGACGACGACGAUGAUCCUGACACCGAGCUAUAUCUGACGCAACCGUUUGCAUGCGGUACAGCUUUUGCGGUCAGCGUAUUGGACUCGCUCAUGUCUACUACAUACUUCAACCAGAAUGCCUUAACGUUGAUACGAUCUCUGAUAACAGGAGGUGCCACCCCAGAAUUAGAACUGAUACUCGCGGAAGGGGCUGGACUCAGAGGAGGAUACAGCACCCCGGAGAGCUUAUCGAACCGAGACAGAUGCAGAGUGGGCCAAAUAUCCCUGUACGACGGCCCUCUAGCGCAAUUCGGAGAAACUGGAAAGUACGGAGACCUUUUCGUGGCAGCUUUAAAGCAGUUCGGGAUGCUGUGCAUCGGUCUGUACAGGUUUAGGGAUACGAGUUCAUCUUGCGAUGCCAGCAGCAAAAGAUACGUCAUAACAAAUCCACCGGAUGAUUUUCAGUUGCUUCCCACAGAUCAAGUAUUCGUGUUAAUGCAGUUCGACCCUGGUCUGGAGUACAAGCAAGUGCGCGGCAGAUCAGGCACUGGGGGCCAAGGAAGCGGCACAGGCGGAGGGGGCACCAACAAGGACGAAAACUCCUGACUACUGCUGUGUAGCGCCCUCACCGACGGACCCUACUCCUAUAUUUAAACUAAAGGGUAUCAGGGACCGGACAAUUUUCAAAAUAUACCCACCAUUCCACUUUUUCUCCUUUUCCAUUGUUAUUCUUUAUAGGUUAUUAUUAUUUCUUUAUUAUGGACUUUUUCAACUUACUGAUUUUUACAUUUUAUGAGCUUAACUAACACUGACAUUUCCGAAAAAUGAUCUAACCUCACUUCCCUAUUUUGGUGAAUAUGCGAAAUAUUCCUCAAUAAUUCAGGGUAUCCUGAAAGUUGGGACUCUCCUUUUCCGAAACAACUACGUUUGAAAUGACAGUUAAUUUGCGGCACCGAAGACGUAAAAAAGAAAUUGUUUUCUUUCUAAUUACAGUUACUAUUCCUUACAGCUUGAAGUUAUACUAUUCGAUUCAAAAACGCGUGUUUGUUUACUUUUUCUAAAAUUGCAGCAUUUGGGGCUGUCUGGGUCGUUUAUUGUGCACACCCAGACGGUUUUUGCGUGAUAUAGACAAACCUACUCAGCUCUAAUGGAAAUAUCGGGGAUGAUGGUAGCUCGAAUUCACUCGCAGAGUCUCAAUAAGAUCUCGAAGAGGCUCACGGUAAACUAACAUCAACUCGAUAAUUACAUUGUUGCUGUAAGAAUGUGCCAGUUUCCAAAAUCGGUUUGUUUAUAAACUUGGUUAACCUACAUACCACGCGGACGCCUGAUUUGGGAUACUGACUCACAUAGCCACAGCCAUACCCUCUGACGUAGGAGGAGAGAGAGCCAAGGAAUGGCUUAUUUAGAGUUUUUGGAGCUCAGGCUCGAUUUUACUAGGUCAUGGUGCAAAAAAACACGAGAGUCACAAAGUCUACUAAUGAGAAGGAGUAUUUGAGGUAAUGGAUCUAACGAAUGUGGUCAAUUUCUUGUAGAGUGUUUCACAAUCUAGAAAAAAUAUACGAUUUGUGAAUGAUUCCAAUAUUAAAUCAAGAAAUAUCAUAAAUCACUUGGUUUGGCUUCAAGAACUAUUUUUUUUCACUUGCAUCCAGAUAUUAAAUUAGCGGCCAUGAUCACCUAAUGCAACAAUGAUAAAUGAGCAUGUGCACCACACUCGAAGUAUGGACACAAAUGAGCAUUCUAUUGAAAAUAACCGUAUGUCACUGUUGCUGAACAAAAUUCUGCUAGAUAAAUUCUUUGGGGACAUAAACAAAAUUACAGAAUGCUUAUUCUUUGACAAGCAUUGGUUGGAUAUUCAAUUCACUUGACUAGCUUGCGAAAAAUCUUGUUCCUUUUGAGCCAGCCCUGUUAAAAAGGAGCUCUCGCGCCCUCUACUGAGCAGUAGGACAACUACUUCGAGCCUCGAUACCGUCACCGCGACGCAGCGUGGUCGUGUAGUCUUCCUACCGUUCAGUAGAGUGCGUGACAUCUUCCUCUUAAUAGUAAGUAAAUACUAGAUGAUGGUUUAAAAAUAAGCAUACUGUAAUUUAUAUGUAUUUACAGAAUUUAUUAAGCAGAAUUUUAUACAGCAUCAGUAAGGCACUGUUAUUUUGAAUAAAGUGCUCAGUAAUGGUGUCACACAAAUGAAAAAUAGGUUUUUGUAGCUGAAUCAUGCGAUACAUGUAGUAUUUUCUGAUUUAAUAUGAGAAUUGGGAGUCCAUCUUAUACAAAUCGUAUAAUUUUUUCUUUAGUUUGAGAGACAUUUUACAAGAAAUCGACCAAAUUCAUUAAAUCCAUUACUUCAAAGAUCUUCUUAUUGGCGCAAACUUUUAUUCUCGCCUGUCAAUAGUAAAAUGAGGCGUCAUAUUGAUAAAGGACCCUUGAGGGCUGAGUGCCCUUUGAGGGUUGAUCUACCCCUUGGAGGCAAUGCAACAAUAAUGCUUCCUUGAGGACGUUCAAGGGAGUAUUUGCAUUUGCAUUUCACAGUAGGCUGGAACAUAUGUUAUCACAGGGCGUCAUCGAUGUCAGAAAGAUUUUUCUUUGUUGGCUGUAUCUAUUUAGCAUUUUAAUGAUUAGUUUGGGACAGAAUGGUUUGUUGUUUUGCUAAAUAUUACUAAACACUGACAGGGGUAUUAUGUAAAAAAUCGAUAUGUCAAAAAAUCGGUAUGAUGUUAAGUUGUAGAAAAUGUUCCUUGAAAUUACAAGUGAAAAACUCAAAAAAAUUGUGGGUCAGCAACAAGCAAUCGUAGGUAGUUGCAAUUUUUGUUUUUUGAAACAUUCCAAAAUUCAAAAUAACAAACAAAUACGCAGACGUUGCGCUAUUUUCAGCAAACAAUUAAACGUUUAUCUGCUCACAAAGGUCCAAUCUAUGAACCCUUCCCAUGCGAAAAAUUCAGCUUUAUAUAAAUGAAUUCGUAGAAAAUAAGGUUAUUUACCUAGGUCUAACAAAAUUAUUCUACUUACCUUUGUUGUGUUAUCUCAAAAAUUUUUCAUGUUUUAACUGCUGAUAUUAGGUGUAUUAUUUUCGUUAGGUUUCUGCAAUUCACUCUCAAGCAUUGAUCAUCAAAAUAGUCGAGCAGCUAUAUAUUUUUUUUAUUUUCAACAGUUCCUUUAAAUUUGUCCAGUAGCUCGGCCAGAUACAUUUUCCUUGCUAAAUUUCUUUUUAGUUCGGUUUCACACAUUAUGAAAAAUUAUAAUGUUUUUAUAAUGCUGUACCAAACUAUUAACCUGUAGCUAAUAAUCUGUGGUGCGGAACUGGUUGCCUAUAUGCACAGUUUACUGGUUCCGAUUCCGCUAUAAAUUCAAGAAAGCAACUACAUUACUAUUUAAUAUUGCUUGGCAACAUUCAGCACAAAGAUAAACCAUUUUGUCCAAAAUCUGUCAUAAAAAUGCUAAGCAGAUACAGCCAGCAAAGAAAAAUCUUUUUGACAUCGAUGACAAGCUGUGAUAACGUCUGUUGCAGCCUAAAUGUUGAAUCCUCCCUUGGACGUCUCUCAAGAAAGCGUUAUUGUUACAAUGGUUACAUUAUUUGCAAGGGUAGUUCAACCCUCAAAUGGCACUCAGCCCUCAAAAGACGGCUAUAAAACAGGCUCUUACUAUCUCAGACUUUGGUAUGUUUUGCUAGGAGAACUUGUUUAUUAUUGCCUGACCAAUACGCACUGUAAAGUCCCAACUUUGGGGAGGCCCUGUAUUUUAAUAUUUCAAAGCUUCAAAUUAUACAUACUGAAAAAUUAUAUGCUAGCUACUCGUAUAAGCAAUUUUUUGGUGAAUAAUUGUUGAAGUUUCGAAAUUCUGACAUAAAAUAAGCAUUUUGAAGCCAGGCUUCUAAAAUGUUUAUUCUUAGGAAUUCCGAAUAGCGAAGCUUUUCCAAAUUCUCACCAAAAGGCAUAUAGGAGUCCCAAUUUUAAGACGUUUACGUAAGAAAUCACAAAAUGUCGAUAAUGCUACUAAACUGAUGCUUUGGAAUAUCUCUAUCCUGGAAUAAAUUACUUUUUAUUGAAGAACGUAACGUUCACGCACCAACGUAUGACAUUAAAAUUUCAUCAAAAGCUUUUCUUAACCCAAAAAUUAUCGGACAGGAAAAUUGAUUAAUCAUUUACUAAAAGAAACUUGACUUCAGAAUAAGACGAUAUAUUUCAAUGAUUGUUUCAUCCAAAAUAUGAUUUCGUGUUUUUAAAAUGAUCGUAAUCGCUUCUUGCACUGGGUGAUUAAACGUUCAGUAUUAAAAUCUAGAUGUAAAUUAAACUUGAAUGUACUUAUAAAAAACUUUAGAACACUUUAAACAUAAGAACCCAGGCGAGAGACGAUAUCGAACCGUUUUCAGUCUUUUAAUUUUGUGGGUGUGAAACUAACAAAACUCUGUGAAGGCGCUACUACCUAUUCUAUAAGCUCACUAACUUGUACUUAUAGCCAGUGCUUUAAUUGUGAAACAUCACAAACAUCGACUAAAUGGAAGCAAAAAGGACGAUUUUAAUAAAUUUUGUAAUAUAUACGUAUAGGCUUUAAUGGAUUGCGAUUUUUUAUUGUAUGUAAACUCUGUUUGUGCCACUUGUAAAUAUUCUCAGUGAUAAUAUGAGCUUUUUUAUCGGAAAAAAUGAACGGUGUAGAUAUUUGUUACGAUAUACAGAGGUGGGUUAGAAUGAUAGAUACAAAAUUUGAUGAUGUGCUUUUAAAAGUUGCUUUUAAAAAAAAUUAGUGAGAAGGAAGCAAUAUUUCGGUAUCGAAUAUUCAAUGCUCAGAAGGUUUUUUGCAGUAAACAAAAUAUUUUUUAUUUUGAAAUAUACUAAGUAGUACGGUGUCAUUAGUUUUAUCGUUCAUCUAUUCUACAACCGGUCAAAAUAAUACGUUGAUAAAAAUAGCGAAACGGCUGUCUGUUGAUUGGUUUGUAAAAUAUGAUAUCUAAUUUUUCAAAAAAAUACAGGGUGAGUUUUUAUUGUGGGCUCGGUCGAUAACUCUGUUAUUACACAUGUUAUCUAAAAUAGUUAAAUACAAAAAUUGUAACCAACAUUAUGUGUAUUUCUACAGGGUGAUUCAUAAUUACGUGAUGACCCAAACAUACAUUUUUUUAAUAGAAAACAAUACGUUUGAUUGCAGAUUUGGAUAGGCUUUUUCAAAAAAAGCAAUUUGACUUAACAGGGACAUGGGCGCAUGCGAGGGGGGCAAGGAGCCCCUCUGGGAAUCGGGUUCGACCUUGAAAUUUGCAUAUUUAGCAUGAUUUGUGUAAAAUUUUGAGGAUUUUUAUGAUUUGGCUCGCCCUGGAAAAAAUGUACUACCUCCGCUCUUCAUAAAGUUUUAGUGACAGGUACCCCUUCACAAAGAGCUAUCUCUGUCCGAUGAUCGGUCCCCUUGAGAAAAAUUCCUGCGGACCCACGCUAUUGGUUUUAUUUUCGAAUUGCGGAGCUAUUGGACAAUCUAAAAUUAUAAUGUUUAACCGAGUUUUCAAGCAUUAAACAUGCCCACACGGUAAUCCAGAUCAAAUUUGUUCAAUACAUUUUUUAAACAAAUUUUUUUUGACCGGACAUUUUUUUCAGGUUUUCUGGAACAUACCAAACAAAACUGAUUUUCAACAAUUUUUCUCUAAAGCGAACCAUUUUCGAGUUAUAGGCCAUUUGUCUAAAAAGCCAUAACAAUUGGAAUAUUCAAUGCUUAAAAACUCGAAACCGAAUUAUAAUUUUUGAGGUUGCCAACUAUCGCAAUUAAAGAUAAAACCUUGCUCUACACGACCCCAAAAAGUAUUUUGAGAGCAAUUUAUUUUAAACCAUUUUUUGUGUUAGGCGCCAAAAUUGGCGAUCUUUUGGUUUUCGCUGAUUUUUUUUUAUCCUCCAUCUACCACGAAGGCCAAACAUCCAUGGGGUACCGUGGACACAUUCUUGACUUUUCGACUUGAUUGCAUGAGGCUAGAUAGAUUUAAUUUAUACAGAAAAUACAACUAAAGAUCAUCCGUUACCAACUAAAUGCUAUUUUUUACUGGUUAAGGUAUUAUAAUAUUUUUCGCUUACCUUAAUAUCUAAUUUACAAAUGAAUUAACUUUAACUCAAAAACCAGUCAAAUAGGCCGUAUAUCAAAAAAACGCUUCUAGAAAGGGGUAUCAGGGAAUGUGAAAAUAUACAUGGUGUAUCAUUUAAAAAUUUUGAGAAUACCGAAAAGGUAAGUACCUAGAUGGGGACAAAAUAUGUGAUUAUAAAAAUUGUCUAAUGAAAAAUUCAGUCGUCUAUUUGCGAGUUGGGUUUAAAAUAACGAAUGUUUUGGUCACCACGUGAACCACCCUGUAGAGAUAAAAAUAUUUUCCAAAUAAGCAGCAUACUGUUGGCAACAAUUUUUGUUAUCAAUUUUAUUGGUAGCAUUCGUAAUCACAGAGUUAUUGACCCAGCACACACUAAAAAGUCACCUUGUAUAAUAAAAUGUUGGCUGCAAAGAUUUUCUAUAUUCGCAGCUUGUCUGUUUAUUGAAUAUUCUAUAUUGCAAAUAUAUUCUCGCUAUAUGUAAAAAGGGAUUGUAAGAUAUAAAAAUUAAAUUAUGUAUAUUUAUCCGUAUUACAGUUGCAUUGUGAUAUUGUAAAUAAUUUGAAUAUUGCGAUAUUUUUCUGAUUUCUAUGAAUUAAUCCGAAUAAAUAUAUGGCAAUGUAAAUACACCAAAGAUACCCUAGUCGCAGCCACCUAUAGCGUACCAAAAAUGUUACUAAGGAGAAAUAAAUGUAUAAUGUUAAUGCAGAUUUUGGAAUAUUCAAUAUUAGACACAGUGCGUAUUUUCAUUUUCCCUUUAGACACAUCUUACAUUUUUCAAGUUGAAUAGGAAACUGAAGUGUAGGUGUAUUGCGGAACUUGCUAACAACCAUUUCCAUAAUUACCUAAAUGCGCAACUUUACCCCUAUUUAUACAGGAUGUCCCAAUAUUCCAUGGACAUCGAAGAACCGAGUAUUUUUAGACUCAAAGUAAGUGUCAAAGUUUUCUUUUUAAAACACAUUUUUCCGAUGGUCCAAUUUGAAGGAAAUUUGGUACACAUAUGUUUUGCUAGACGUUCUAAUAUUUGACAUUUAGGAAAAAUUCUGAAGAGUUCGAGAAGGGUGGAAACUACCCACUACAUAAAUUAUAGCAAAAUUUUUUGGCAACAUUCCGGACGACUCUAUUUUUUUAUCUAGCAGAUCUUUUUAUUCACUUCAUUUUUUCUCCUAUAAGGUCAGCCCAACUCGGAUAUUUUUCGAGAAACAAAAUUAGUUCCAUCUAGAGCUUUCUAAGCGUCUUAUUAAUUCUGUAAGUGUAGAAGAAUAUAAACAAUUAUGAUACUAUUAUUGAAAUUUUAUUUAAUAAAUAAUAAUAAUAGAGCAAAUUUUUCAUAAAAGGUGUUCAAUAUGAUUACCAUCUUCGUUCCUGUGCAUAACAAUAAGGCGCAAACAAAUUUUACUCGAUGUAAUAAGUAAAUUUUUAAGAAGCUAGUUCCGAAAAACAUUUUUUUUCUCGGAAACUUUUAUAAGAGACAAAGAAUGAAGUUGGUCUAUCGGUUUCAAAAAUAUCCGAAAAAAUGUAUCAUAAAAAGAAACCUCAGACGCCAUCUAACGGACAAACGCAGCACGUUUACCUAGAGGUAAAUCAUGUCCGAUCGAGUCUGAAAAUAUGUGGUACUUCUAUGACUACGGAAUAUUGGGACACCCUGUAUAUUUUAAAACGCGCUGUGUAUCACAAAUUAAUAGAUAUUCCAUAACACUUGUCACGUAUAAAUGUGAACAAUGCAUAUAUUGAUUUAGAUAGUUCCUAUAGAUUGAAACACCCAUCUCUGAGAAAGACAUACAGAAUAUAUAACAAUCUUACAAGUGUGUCUUUAUAUUGUUAGGAUUUUAUUCAAUUACUGUAUUUGCAUACAACCACUAACGAAUAAUAGAAAAUAAUGUUAUAUAUCAAUCUAUAUACUACUUUACAUAGACCUGAUCGAGUAUUAAAUGAAGCAGAUAAAAUAGUGAAAUGUUUGUUUAGACCAGACGCUGGAUGGGAUUGACGGUGCAAAAUGUGAGGGCUCUACUUUAUAAAUAGAUAUCAACUGAGAUGAAAUCAAAGAAUAAUAAUCAUGAUCUUGCCCUGCCACCUUUUGAUCGGAUUUUGCUUAAUCCCCUCCCCUCUUAAAUCAUUACAUAAAAAAUGUUUUUUUCGCUCCGAUAAUUUUUUAUUUGCUGAGAGAUUGUGGUCCUCACAUUUUGCACACUCAAUUCCAUGCCAGCGCGUGGUCAAUAUAGAUAAAGCAAAUAUAUGUGAAAACCCAUGUCAAAACAAUUUCAGUUAAUUAUAAAAAAUCUAAUUAUGGUCUAAAGUUACUUCAUAACCAGUAUAAAUAUCACACAAAUUGCAUAUGUAUGAAUGUGAUUUUAAUAAAUUUGUACCUGAUCUCUGUGUAAACUUAUAUCUUUUCGUUUAUUGAUUGCAAUUUGUAAAUAUGUUAUUUUUAUUUGAAAAGUUUGUAAAUUUAUGUGAUAACAAGUGGUCAUGAUUUUCAUUUGCUUGUAGCAUAUGAAAACAGCAAUAAGUAUGAGUCAAAUUAAAGUUUUUCCCGCCAAAAGCUGUAUAGCAUAUUUGUUGAAGCAAUACAUGUAUUAAUUAUUUAUAAUAGCAGGUUCGUUCGUGGUUGUUGUUAUUUAAAUGUAAUAUAAUGAAUUUAUCCAGAUGAUUUUUUGUAAUUGCAUAGUUUUGGUCUUAAAGCACUAUAUACGAUAAAAUUAUGAAUCAUCACUUACAUUUGUGGAUACAGGAUAUAGUUAUUGUGCUUAGAAUAUGUUUAGAUGAUCUUAAAAGUUUUCUACAUACACACACGUGAUAAAUAAGAGAAAUUGUAUUAAAAUUAUUUGCUCGAAAAAUGUCUCGCGAGUCGUAAGUUUGGGCAAAAAAAACGUACUGCUGUUGUUAAUGUUAUAUAAAAUUGUUACAUAAACGUGGAAGAUUGUAAAUAAUUAUGAAAUAUGCAAUUUUUGAAAAUAAAUGCUCUAUUUGAAAC